CCUGUCUUGGCUAAGGCGGACACAUUGACACCUCCUGAAGUGGAGUACAAGAAGCGCAAAAUCCGGGAGGAGAUCGAGCACUUUGGAAUCAAGAUCUACCAGUUCCCAGACUGUGACUCUGAUGAAGAUGAGGACUUCAAAUUACAGGACCAAGCCCUAAAGGAAAGCAUCCCAUUUGCUGUAAUCGGCAGCAAUACAGUGGUAGAGGCCAGAGGGCAGCGAGUUCGGGGCCGCCUCUACCCCUGGGGCAUCGUGGAAGUGGAAAACCCAGGGCACUGCGACUUUGUGAAGCUGAGGACAAUGCUGGUGCGUACCCACAUGCAGGACCUGAAGGAUGUGACGCGAGAGACACACUAUGAGAACUACCGGGCACAGUGCAUCCAGAGCAUGACCCGGAUGGUGGUGAAGGAACGCAAUCGCAACAAACUGACUCGAGAGAGUGGUACCGACUUCCCCAUCCCUGCUGGCCCACUAGGGACAGAUCCAGAAACUGAGAAGCUGAUACGAGAGAAAGAUGAGGAGCUACGGCGGAUGCAGGAGAUGCUACACAAAAUCCAAAGGCAGAUGAAGGAAACUCAUUAGCUGGCUUUCAGCCCUGGAUAUUUAAAUCUCUUCCUCUUCCUCCUGCCUAUGCCGGACCUUCCCAGCACCAGCUCUGCUCAGGCCCCUGCAGCUACCGCCACAUCGCCUUACAUCCCUGUCGCCUCCCCAGAGACUCAGAGGAAAUAAAAUUUAACAAAUCUG